GGUAUGCAUCCCUCCCGCUGCCGUGUUUCUAGCUUCUACUGAAAUAGGUCAAGACGUACGACUAAAACCCUGCUUGCACUGACCAAACUUCUUUCUCAACAAGAGCAAUGCAGGUGUCCCAAAACCCCUCCUGCUGUCGCUCUAUCUAUUCAAAUUCCAUAAACCCUAGCUUCUUCUUCACCAAUUCACGUUGUUUCUACCAUUCCUCGUACAAGAAUUUGGGUUUUCCUGCUGCGCCCUUUCCUAACUUAAGAGCCGUAUUUAAAUUUCCGAAUUCGAAUAAGUUCGGAAGUACCAGGUACCGUGGUUUGGCUCCCUUCAUUGCCGCCGCUGCAGCCAGAAGGGAUUCUGGCUCUGAUUACUAUUCUGUUCUCAAUGUCGAUCGAAAUGCCAGUCUGCAAGAAAUUAAAGCCGCUUAUCGCUCUCUUGCUAGGAAGUAUCAUCCUGAUAUGAACAAGCAGCCUGGUGCUGAGGAGAAGUUUAAGGAAAUAAGUGCUGCAUACGAGGUUUUGUCAGAUGCUGAGAAGAAGUCUGUAUAUGAUCGCUUUGGCAAAGAAGGUCUAAAUGGGGAAUUUGACGCCACAACAGCUGGACCAGGGGUGGAUCCUUUUGAAGUUUUUGCUCAAUAUUUUGGUGAAUCCAAUGACUUCUUUGGAAGAAGUGGUGAACAAGGAGGCUUCAGUUUUAAUUUUAGAGAGAAAAACAGCCAGAAUCUUGACAUUCGAUAUGAUUUACAUUUGAACUUUGAAGAUUCUAUUUUUGGAGGGAAACAUGAUAUUGAGGUACCAUGUUUAGAGACAUGUGAUAGCUGUAGUGGAACUGGUGCCAAGUCCAGCAGCUGUGUGAAAGAGUGCGUUGAAUGUGGAGGCAGCGGGCAGGAGAUGAAGACACAGAAAACACCUUUUGGAGUUAUGACCCAGGUGACAACCUGCUCAAAGUGUCGAGGUGAUGGGAAGAUAAUUACAGAUAAGUGCCGCAGAUGCAAUGGCCGGGGUCAAAUUCAUGCAAUGCGAAGUAUUGAGGUGGUUAUUCCACCUGGUAUUGAUGAUGGAGCUACAAUGCAGGUUCGGGGAGAGGGAAAUGUUGACAAAGUUAGGGCUAUAUCUGGUAACCUAUAUCUGAUCGUUCAUGUCAAGGAGAAACAAGGAAUUCAGAGAGAUGGAGUGCAUCUAUACUCCAAAGUAGUUGUCGACUAUACAGAAGCCAUUUUGGGAACUGCUAAGAAGGUGAAUACUGUUGAGGGUGUAAAAGAUAUUCAGAUUCCCCCUGGAACACAACCAGGUCAGAAAUUAAAGUUACCACGCAUGGGUGUGCCAAAACUAAAUAAACCUUCUGCACGAGGCGACCAUUAUUUCACCGUGGACGUUGUCAUCCCCAAACAUAUUAGCGAUGCAGAACAUGAACUGGUUUCAAAGUUGGCUUCUCUUAGGAAAGUUGAAGGGUAUACAUUCCCAGACAAUGAUGGAGAUCAAACUUCCAGCCGUACAGGCGGCACUGCUUCGCGUUGGUGGAAGUCAGUCAAGGGUUUAUUAAGGGGAAGGCGAAGUAGAGAAAAAUUUGCAUCAAUCUGUAUUGAUUCCUUGGUGCCAUGGACAUACAGCAAACCCCCAUCAAAUCUGCCUUCUGUCAUCACUAUUUCUGCCGUCUUCAUUUUGGCAGCUAUCACUCUCUUAAGAAACAGAUUUGGAUGGUCUAAACCCCACCAACAAAGGAAACAAAUUACACAUGCACCUCUUCCAUGAAAAAAAGAAGAUUUUUUUGUAGGGUUUCAUCAUAUGGGGACUCAAUGUAUGGCUAUCAACAGCAGUGUGUUUUUUAAAGGUAUGCAAUGAAUCGUAUUUUCCAAUUAUUUUUUUACUUACCAACUGUUGUUUUUAUCAUUUAGUAUGAUAAUAAAGCUGCUCAACUUCUCACCUAA